CUUUGGUGUGUUAUUCAACAAAAGAAAGACAGGACUGAUACUCCUUGGCACGCAGCCGCCAUGGGGCAAAGCUGCUGCUUUGGAAGGGAGAAGGCCCUAGCCCUAGCGGCCCCAGCAGCCCAAGCAACAGCACCUGCGCGUGAAGCGGCCAAAGCUUCCCACCCAGAUGUGGAAGAGCCUCCUGCCAAGGGGGCGAAGCAGGCACCAGUGGCACCACCAGCUGCCAGUGCGGCGGCCGAAGAGAAGGCCCAGAGCGAAAUGGGUGCGCUUGUGGUCGAGACCAUGAACUUCCUGGGGAUGGCGCAGAACUCGGAACGCUUUCUGUGGUUGCUGCAACACUCCAAUGUGACUUCGCUCCGGCAUUUGGAGUGUCUCUCCCAGGAUGAAUGUUUGAAGCUUCAGCUGCCUUGGGACCUUGUCGCGGCAGUUCAAAAACGCUUACGGGUCUGGAAAUUGGAGAUGCAGGACGAAGCAGAGCUUGCUUUGGAGCAGGGUGAGCUCCACUACCAAAUGGAGGAGCCUGUGAAUCCGCUCAAGAACUCUACCUUGGUUGACAAGCUCCAUGCUGUACAGGCAGCAGGACAGGAGUCGCACCCGCAAGUCCAAUACGCACCCCCAUUGCCCGGCAUGGUGGCAGAUGACUCGCACAUUCAACGCAUCGAGGUAGCAUUCCACCAUCAUGCUGACGACCCGUUUGAGCCGCCGCUGAUCGAUGUGGGCGACUUCUUGGAAGCCCGCCGGCUGUCCCGAGAAGAACGCGCAAGGGCCUAUUUGCAAGAGGCAAGGCGCAACUUGCCGCAGCAGCCGGCGCACAUUUGCGGAGGUCGCUGCGCUCGCGCUUGUGGUCACCCAGAGAACGACGACCUGCGUCAAUUUACGUGCGAUGUGGGACAUUUUUAUGACGUGGAGCGGCUCUUCUGGCGAAUUCCAAGGAGAGAGGGCUGGUGGAAUGACUGGCACAUUGAGAUCGAGGAGCCGGAAGAGCUCCAAACAGUCAACGAAAAUGAGAUCAUUUGAGCACCAGCGAGAGCGCCAGUGGUCGGCAACCCGUCGUGCUGACUCAAGGCUUGCCAGAGAUUUUCCAGCCAUCUUGCAGUGAAGGCUGAAAUUUGUUUCAACGUUCCAAUUUAUUGUGGAACACUAGCAGGAGAGGUUCCCGGGUCUCUGCAUGAUGUGGGUCAAAACUGCUCGA